CACUUUCUCAGCUCUUUCGUUUGGAACGGCCGUCAGUUUGAUAUAAAUUCACUGAAAGGCAAGAAACGGAAACGCUGGUUCAAAUCUCGCAGAGUUGCCCUUCCCCCGUCUGUGUCACUACUACACGAGUCCGAGCAGUGAGCCCUGCAGCCAGAGAGGAAGGGAGGGAGGAGAGUACAUUGGGUGGGAGUUUCAGGAGAGGGUGAAAGAAAGAAAGAGAGAGAGAGAAGGAUUGUCUUGCAUUAUAACAGCCGGUUGCUGAGUGAAGCAAACACUGGAGCGUUUGUCCAUCCAGGGUUUGAGUCUCAGGAAAAAAGGUGCUACUGUCGGUGGAGCAAACCGAGGCAGGAGCGAGUCAUGUCCACGCUUGGAGACACACACACACGUGAGGACUGAAAACAAGCGCGCACCGCUGGGAUUAGCUGUAGCCGCUAACAGAAGGAGGUCCAGAAUGAGCAUUAUCAUGAAGCCCCGCUCUCGCUCCACCAGUUCACUUAAGAACACAGACGGCUUUGAUGUGGACAAUGGCACCUCUUCAGGUCGCAGUCCGCUGGAUCCGAUGGCCAGUCCAGGCUCAGGUCUCAUCCUCCAGGCCAACUUCGUCCAUAGCCAGAGGAGAGAGUCCUUUCUGUACCGUUCAGACAGCGACUACGACCUCUCACCAAAGUCCAUGUCCAGAAACUCCUCCAUCGCCAGUGACAUACAUGGUGAUGACAUGAUUGUUACCCCUUUUGCACAGGUUCUGGCGAGUUUAAGAACUGUCCGGAAUAAUUUUGCUGCUUUAACAAAUGUACAACAGGAAAGAUCCAAUAACAAGAGAUCUCCAAUGUGUAACCCUCCUCCCAUCACAAAGACCUCCUACACAGAGGAGGCCUACCAGAAGCUGGCCACUGAGACCCUGGAGGAGCUGGACUGGUGCCUCGACCAGCUGGAGACCCUGCAGACCAGGCACUCGGUCAGCGAGAUGGCAUCCAACAAGUUCAAGAGGAUGUUGAACAGAGAAUUGACUCACCUCUCAGAGAUGAGCCGAUCUGGUAACCAGGUUUCUGAGUACAUCUCCAGUACAUUCUUGGACAAGCAAAACGAAGUGGAAAUGCCAUCGCCACAGUCCCAGAAAGACAAGGAGAAGAAGAAAAGGCCGAUGUCUCAGAUUAGUGGUGUUAAGAAGCUAACGCACAGUUCCAGCCUUACCAACUCAAACAUCCCUCGGUUUGGGGUUAAAACUGAAACAGAAGAUGAGCUGGCCAAGGAGCUCGAAGAUGUAAAUAAAUGGGGCCUUAAUGUCUUCAAAGUGUCAGAAUUUUCUGGAAACAGACCUUUAACGGUUAUGAUGUACACAAUAUUCCAGGAAAGGGAUUUGUUAAAGACGUUUAAAAUUCCCCUCGACACGUUUAUCACCUAUCUGAUGACUUUAGAGGACCAUUAUCAUGCUGACGUUGCCUAUCACAACAACAUCCACGCUGCUGAUGUCACACAGUCCACUCACGUCCUGCUAUCAACUCCUGCCCUUGAGGCUGUGUUUACAGACCUUGAAAUUCUCGCUGCCAUAUUUGCCAGUGCGAUUCAUGAUGUUGACCAUCCUGGCGUCUCCAAUCAGUUCCUCAUUAACACUAACUCUGAGCUGGCCCUCAUGUACAAUGAUUCAUCUGUAUUGGAGAAUCAUCAUCUUGCUGUUGGCUUUAAGCUGCUCCAGGAAGAAAACUGUGACAUCUUCCAGAACCUGACCAAGAAACAGAGACAGUCGCUCCGCAAGAUGGUCAUUGAUAUUGUUCUGGCCACAGACAUGUCUAAACAUAUGAAUUUGUUGGCGGAUCUGAAAACCAUGGUGGAGACCAAAAAGGUGACCAGUUCAGGGGUUUUACUGCUGGACAACUAUUCUGACCGGAUACAGGUGUUGCAGAACAUGGUUCACUGUGCUGACCUCAGUAACCCAACGAAGCCGCUGCAGCUGUACAGGCAGUGGACAGACCGCAUCAUGGAGGAAUUCUUCAGUCAGGGGGACCGAGAGCGCGAGCGCGGCAUGGAGAUCAGCCCCAUGUGUGACAAGCACAACGCCUCCGUCGAGAAGUCCCAGGUUGGCUUCAUUGACUACAUCGUGCACCCGCUGUGGGAGACGUGGGCAGACCUGGUGCACCCGGAUGCUCAGGACAUCCUGGACACGCUGGAGGACAACAGAGAGUGGUACCAGAGCACCAUCCCGCAGAGCCCGUCUCCUGCACUGGACACCAGCAGCGAGGGCCGCCGCGCUGCCGGACAGGAGAAGUUCCAGUUCGAGCUGACGCUGGAGGAGGACGGAGAGUCCGACACCGAGAAGGACAGUGGCAGCCCUCCUGAAGAAGAUGAAGAGGAGGAGGAGGAGGAAGAGGAGAAUAGCUGCAGCGACUCCAAAACACUUUGCACACAGGACUCUGAAUGUACAGAGAUCCCACUGGACGAGCAGGUGGGGGACGUCCCGCACGAGGACGAGUACGAACAUGAGGAGAACAGGGAAAUAUCUGAACCCUGUGUUUUAGAGGAGGAGGAGGAGGAAGAGGAGGAGGAGGAGGAAGAAGAGGACACUGCCAACACAUAACACAGUAUGACACACCACAACCUGGACUUUUUUUGUAUUAGAGAUGAGAAAUACUUAUUUAUGGUUAAGACGUUGGUUUUGUUUCAUCGUUUAUUUUGCGUGUCUGUCGUUCUGAAGUGCUUUUUAAUGUCUGUCUGUCAAUUCUUCUUUUUAUGUUCCAUUAAGAGUUCAAAUUAGGAGAACGUAAAAAUCACUUACAUCAUUUUUUAUUAGCAACUGCUCUAUUUAAAAACAUAAUGACUUUUUAAUUCCAUGCUCAAAUUCAAAAUGGAAAAUGUGAAGAGCACCUACAGCAUGAAUGGAGCUGUAAGACUAUGAUGGAAACUAACCAAUUUAAUUGCAAAAGGAUUAUAAAGUACAACAGGAAUAUUCCUAAGAAGUAAAUAUUCUUUAUAUUACAUUUAAUACUGACUUUCAAUCCAUUUCACUGAUUAUUUAUCAGUCUGGAUGUUGUAUUUACACUGUUAACAAUAGCCCCUUUCACACAGUGAUACCAGUACAUAUCCAGAAAAUGUCCAGAACGACUUUACCGGUAAAUUUAAAUAUGUGCUGUUCACACAGGCAAGAACGUUCCGGAAUUUUUAUAAGAAGUUAUCGAUCAGUUUUUCACAGUUGGCACUAAGAAGGAACAUAGAAACGUUAUAUGACUAACAAGCAGCAGCUAAAUGUGUCUGGAGAAGGAUUUAAAGCUGUUUUCCUUCUGUGUUCACACAGCGCAGCAUUCUGGCAAUUUACUCGUAAUGUUGCAACUUCUCUUUCUGGAAAAUUGCAAUUGCGGAACGAAUUUACAGGUAUUUUCAAAAAGAGCCUGUUCACAUAGGAUCCCUUUAAAAAAAAAAAUUGUAUGUGUGAAAGGGGCUAAUUUCCUGUAGAAUCUACAGUAACUUAGUGGCAGCAGUUUGCCAGUAACUUGCUGUAAAUAAAUUACAGAAAAAUACUGUAUUAGCACCAUUUAUUUUGCUGUAUGCGUAUUUACAGUAUUGUAUAUCUUUACUGUCAAACAUAGUCAUUUUCACAAUGCAACUGUAAAAUACAGUAACUUACUGCAAAAUUGUCCUGCAGUAACAUUGAGUUUAUUAUACAGUUACAUACUGUAUAAUUUAAAAAAAAUCAUUAACAGUGUACCUGUCGCAAUCUAGUCCAUACAGAACCCUGGAGAACUACAAAUCACAUCACAAUCACCAGCGAUUUAGUUCAUACAGAUCAUUGAGAACUACAAAUCUGCUACCAAAAAAAAUGCACGGGGAUCCUCAACUCCUUUGUCCAGUGUCCCUCCAUGACAGAAUUUGUAAUUCUUUUGGUGGUAGAUUUGUAGUUCUCUAGCGAUCUGUAUGGACUAGAUCGUUGGUGACUGUGAGAGUACCAGCCAACAAAAUGUACUUCCCAGUGAUUUUUACUGUUAUGGUCUAGAUUUGAUCAACAGUUGUGUGAGUGUUUUAUUAUGCCAAGUUUAGAUAUCAUAAUCAGAUUCAUGCUGUAGGCAUUCUUUUGCAUUUGCUUUUUUUUUUAAUGAAUCAAAAAUAUGAAACCGAUUUUUAAUUAUUGUAUUUUUUUAAAUGAACAAUGAUGUAAAUCCUUUUUCAAUGUUCCCAAUUUGAAUUCUUAAUUGAAUAUGAAGCGCUUGAGUGACACAUGGAUCGUCCGCCUUUAAGAUUUUUUGUUUUUUUCCUUCCUCGCUUUAUUAUUUUGUGGUUUAAUUUUUACACUCAGGAAUAUCGUUUCCACUCCCAUCUGUCUUUUAUACAAACAAAGCAAAACAAAACAAACGAAAGCUUCAAACGCUAGUCUUUCAUUCUUCGUUUGUUAGGUACUUUUUUGUUUUGACUGAAGCAGUAUUUCAGAAACAUUUCUCGUCAGAAGCAGCUGCUUUUGGGGGGUUUUCCACGCUAGUUUAGCUUUUGCUGUUUAUCUGAAGGAAAGUGGCAACUGGACGCAUUUUAUCUGACAAACACUUCACGUCUUCCCGAUGCCUUGAAUGUGUUGUUAAUGGUGUUGCGUUUGUGUAUCAGGCAUUGUUUGAAGUGAAUGGUACCAAAGUCAAAAGAAGACUCAUAAGACACCAUUUUCACACUGACAGUGCACACUUUUCAUUUCAUCGACCGUUUUCUAGGGUAAAUGUGCGGUAGAAAACGUGGCAUUUUGCACAUCUUCUAUUUUCUGCCUUUGUUUCAAUCCAGAAGUCAUUUUUAAAUAAUCAUUUUUGUUUUUUCCUUAGAAUCCAAAAGGCAUCAUUUUGCUAUAAAACAUUCUUUUUAAAGGUGCAGUAGGUGAUUGUCUUCAGAAACAUUUUUUUGUUGUGCUGGUUGAAAGUCUCUUCACAUUCCAAUAUUAAUGAUUAAAGUAAAUGAUCUAAAUGUAUUUAUAUGUAUUUUUAUAUUUUGGGUAAGGCAUAAGACUAAAAAAUGUUCAUCCAAUUAAAAAUUGUCAGGUGAUAAGUCCCAUAAUUCUGAUAAGUUGCACAAACUGUCAGUCAACAAAUGUAGAUUUGUACAUCUGUGCACCCCUGUUCACGCAGAUAGAUCCACCGAUUGCACGUGCACACGCAAGUCACACACAGCUAAUGUAGAUUUUGUUAUUUUAUGAAUGGGUAAUAUGCACAGAAGUGUUGUUCAGCCACUGAAAUCAUCGGGCGAAAGAUUGAUGUGCCUAUUUUUCAAUUCAUAGUACCUUUUACAGCAUCGAUAAUGUAUUUUUAUUCAGUUUAACAACAAAACAUCAGUAAAUAGCGCUAUUCCGCCUAGCCUGCUUUACUGAGGUGAAGUUAGUUUUAUAUUCACAUUGGUUCAUUUUUAAACAAUGACAACCUGUGACGGGCUCCCUAUAUUGUUUACCAUGCUACUCUGAACACUCGAAAUAGCAUCUAAGUAUGGCUUACUAAUAAGUGAAAUUCUUGCACCCCACCGCCCACCAUAGUCACUUUAAGACAAAGCAUGUAUGAAAUAUUGCAUAUUAAGACAAGUUUUGCUAGCUACACAACUGAAAACGUGCUAGAUAUAAUACAGUUUUUCGUUGGGAAUUGUAGUAUGAUAAAGUAUGAUAAAGUACUAUAAAGUUUUCUAACUGGUGAAUGACGUCAUCUAAUGGGUCGUCUACUGUCAUUUUUAAUGUGCGCAUUCGUGAUUUUAGGAGGCGUGGCUUUGGACGGCAGGGGAGGUACUGUGUUUUCAAAGCUAUUAUGCUAGCGGUUAGCAUUUUGGCAGAUCACCUACUGCACCUUUAAUGUAUUUUGCCCAACAAAACAAAUAAAUGCUAUUAUUCUUCUUCUUAUUAUUAUUAUUCUUAUAAUUGUUAUUAUUAUUAUUGUUAUUAUUAUUUAUAAUAAUAAUCCUGGGUAUCAUUUCAUUUUAUUCAUUUUAUUAUUUUAUUAUUAUUAUUACUAUAAAACAAAUGGUAGUGAUGAUAAUAAUAAUAAUCCAGGGUAUCGAUUCAAACAUAACCACAUAUUAUUGACAAUUAAUGAUAAUUCAAUUCAAGUUUAUUUGUAUAGCGCUCUUCACAAUAAUUACCAUUCCAAAGCAGCUUCACAAAAGGUGCACAUUAUGACUACAUUACUGUCAAAAUGAGAAAAUAAUACCAACAAUGAUCUUUUAUUCAGGUAUUAGUUACGUUUCAAUCAUUUUACAGGCUGUUUGGUGUCGUAUGUCUCUGGCCAGUUAAACAGAAAAGCAUCAGAAACGCUGAAGCUCAAUUCACCGGUUUGUUUUCUGUGAUGUGAUCAGUGCAGAGUGUGGAUCUACAUCAAUGGUCUCAAACUCAAUUCCUGGAGAGCAGCAGCUCUGCAUAGUUUAGCUCCAAUCCCCUUCAACUCACACCUGCUUAAUAGUCUCUAGAAGUCUUGAUCACUUUAAUUAGUUGGAUCAGCUGUGUUUGAUUAGGGUUGGAGCAAAACUGUGCAGAGCUGCGGCCCUCCAGGAAUUGAACUUGAGAUCGAUGAUCUACAUGCUGCUGUACUUUUUCUGUUCGUUUCAUGUGACUGUAUUUAUUUUUCUUAAUGAGAUGCCAAACAUUUUCCAGUAGUGAAGACCCGAGCUGCUGCUUUCCUCAUCGCUGUCAAGUGUCCUACUGUAUAAACGCCCUCUUUUUUUAUUUCUGUUACGUUCAUGUUAUUUAUUAAUGCUCUUCGACGUGCUUGUAGCAUAUCGAAGCAUUGUAAUCAAACUGUAGCAUCGCCAGGCUUACGAGUGGGUUUUCCUACAUAGUUGAAUUCUACAUAUGCAGUAAAUAUACCUAAUCAAAUGUACAAAAUUCUGUGUGAUACUGACGCCUUUUGAACCCCCCCCCCCCCCCCCUUU